AUCUAAAUUCAAUUCCAUCGUUAAAUUAAUGGAUUGUUGAAAAAUUAUAAUUUUGUUACCUAUAUUUUAUAUAUCUUACAAUUUGAUACCUAAAAAUGUAUUUUUUAACGAAAACUAUCAUUUGAAAUUUUCAUUUUUGGUUCCUAAUAUUUUUUAUUAUGAUAUUUUAGUACCUAAACUAAACUUUUUUAAAAUUUACAUAUAACUCCAAUAUUUAUAUGUCAUUUGGAUCUAUACAAUCUAUCAGAUCAAAAUCCUUUGAAUUGGUCACUUCAUUUGAUCCACCACCAAAUUGUUAUCUCUCUCGGAUGGAUUAAAAGGGUUGCGGGCUUUCCCUUAUCCGGCCCAAUGAGCAGAAGCACAGCCCGCCCAGCCUUUGCUCAUUUUCAAAAAAAAAUCGUCUUUCCACUUCCAGACCUCUCCUCCUACGUCACCCUGUAUUCCGUAGAAAACGCGUGAAAAUGCAGUGAUCGUGGCCCCCGAAAAUGGCUUUCCCUUUGACUUUCGCUUUGCUUUCCCAACCAGUGAAGUGAAACCUCCACUUCCCCCUCCAGAAAUAUGAAAGAAACCAUAAACAAAGGGAAAAAAAAGAAAAAAAAAAAGAAAAGUCUCCUUCUUCGUCUUCGCCUCCUCCAUCAAUCUCCACCCCAUUCAAUUACUUCAAAGUCCAAACCCCAGCUAUCAAGCCGAGACCUAACCUCCGCCCCUUCCCCAAUUUUCCCCGUCCAUGGUUUUGAUUCUCUUCCAAAACCUCACGUGAAUGAAUGAUUCUUGACAUCCCUCUGUUUUUCUCCGAUGCAGUUCCAUCCCAGGAAGAUGAUGUUCACCGAAACCACCACCACCACGGCGGCGACGAGCUUCAACACAGAUUCCUCUUGCCUCCUCGAUUGCGAUUCCGCUUUCAACCCAGAUGGAAACUGCCACGGCCCCUGUUUCGCCGUCUGCCCUUCUACUUGUAAGUUCCUCUUCGUCGAUAACGAUGACAACUUCUACCCAAUCUUUCCGCAGCCUCCUCCGCCGCCGCCCACCAAGUUCCCCGUCGUUCCCUCCCUGAUUCCGACCGGCGGGCACUUAAACCGGAAGAAUCUGCUGGUCACGAGCAUGACCGUCGCGGGGGCGAUGAUCGGCUUCGCGCUGCUGAUAGGAAUCUUCUGUCUAGUUAUUCGAAUCUGGAGAUCGAGGCGGCGGCGCAGGAAUCUGAGCUUCAGUUGGCGGCGGCGGGAUCCAUCGGCGGUUUUCGCUACACAGGACGAUUUCAUCGCGGAAGAUCACGGCCCUGUGAUUGACCAUCCGAUUUGGUACAUCCACACCGUGGGGUUGGAACAGUCGAUAAUCGAAUCGAUCGCCGUGUUUCGGUACAAAAAGGAGGAUAAUUUCAUCGACGGAACAGACUGCUCUGUUUGCCUGAGCGAGUUUGAAGAAGACGAAAGCUUAAGGUUGUUGCCCAAGUGUAGCCACGCUUUCCACAUCCCUUGCAUCGAUACUUGGCUUAGAUCUCACAAAAAUUGCCCUCUCUGCCGCGCCCCAAUCGUUGCGGCCGCUGCGAAUUCCGGAGCUGUUGCUGUUCAAGCUGCUGCUGCUGCAGGGUCAUCGGUGAAUCUCAAUUCUGGAGAAGAUUCUCCAGUGGAGAAUUUGGAGCCUACAAUUCUAAUUACUGCAACGGAGGAAAACGAGGAGGGAGGAGAAGACGGUGAAGCGAGAAUCGGUAGUGGUGGUAGUAGUAGCAAUGAAGUGGAACUUUCAGACCAUUCGAAGAGAUUGAUGGUAUUAUUAAGAAGAAGUCAUUCGAGGGUUCCAAGCGAUGUGUUAGAAGGAGGAAGGAGAGAAGGGGCAGGGGAUUUGCAGGGGGUGAGGCGAUCGCUGUCUCUGGAUUCGUCAUCAGCAAUGGCGAUUUACAGGGCGGUGGAGAAUAUAGAAGUGGAAGAAGAAGGAGAAGGGAAGAACUUGGUAGCCAGAGAGCUGAAGAGUUGCACGAAAUCGAGGAAUGGUGGUAAAAGAGGGACUAGUUUGAGCUUCCGGAAAUUGAUGAAAAGCGGGUCGAUUAUUGGGUUGCAGAAGGGCCCCGUUCUAAUGAAAAGGUCGAACUCGUCAUCAAAGGCUUCAACUUCCAGACAUGGCGGCAGAAGCCAUGACUCCAUCCUUCCAUUGUGAGAGUCAGACUGCGAGCUGAAGCGGAUUCUGCAGGAAAGCCUGGAGAUGCUGCGAAACUAGCUGGUGGGUAGUAGUAAUAAAAAACAGGGGACAAACACACUGAAAAAAACAGAGGGUGUGUAUUAAAACAGAGUGACUGAGUGAGUUGCUGCGGUAUGAACAUCGGAAGAACAAAAGUAAGUUCUUCCAAUGUUAGAUUCUGCGAAGUUUUUUUGUUGAUUAUGGCUGGUGAUACAUACAUUACAGUGAAAGUGUAUACUAAAGAAAUCUGAAGGAAAGAAUUCUUCUAGAUUUGCAAGUUUUCUAGAACUCGUAAUCCAUGGUUUGAUUCUCUUUGCUCUCAGUUCAAGUCGUCGCUCUGUAGCAAAUAGGAUAAAUUUAGGGCUCAUGGGAAUAUGUGAUUAGAUGGAUGCAGUUCAAGUUAAUAAUGGUGGGUACCUGGGUGGUUAUUCCGCGGGUUGAUAUCGAUUUACCCACAAAUAACUCGAAAUGUAAGCAGUGAGUGUUUGAUGUGGAUGGAUUGCGAAUUGAUAAAUUUUCUACUCGUAUUUAUGUGGGUGGGUGGGUGGGUGGUGGGUAGGAAUGGCAAUGGGGCAGGUCCGGGGCGGGUUUCUUGGUACCCAGACCCGUUCCGUGGCAGGUCGGGUCCAGGUCGGGUAAUUGAUCACGGGUUGCGGGUCGGGACAGGUCAACCCAAUGGGUACGCAAUUUAUAUGAAAAACAUUAGAAAUAUUCGUUAUUUUUAUUGUAAAACUAAGAAAACAAACAAUAUUAUGACAAUUGUAGUUAAAUUAUGGGUAAUAUCUAUUUUUUAUCCAAAACUUUUUCAGAUUCUUUUAUAUUAUCCAAACCUAUUAAAAUUCUUUCAAUUAUCCAAAUCUUUCAUAAUGCAUCAAAAUAUUAGUCAUUUUUACGUUAUCGUUAAUAAUUUUGUAACUCUUUUUUUAUGGUUAAAUCAAAAUUGCAUUAAGAACCGACACCAAUAGCAAAAGCGCUAUGGAGCCCUCAGAAUACUAACAAUCCUGUACAUCAUAACCUCACAGAGAUACUCAAUAACUGAAAAAACAAACAAGCCUAACUUGCUAACCGUCUACCCCAAGUCCCCUCGCUUCAAAGCAAUCAAUUAGGCAUUGGUUCAAUAGACAACGACUCCAAAGAAUUCUCCUUGCAUCAACCAGAAGCUGAGAAGGACUUCUUGCUGCCACAGAGCCAUAUAACCUUGAGCACCUCUCUCUCCAAACAAGACUAACAAGGACACUCCAGCUCAUUCUAUUCAAAGAAUGAACCGGAGAAUCACUCGCCCACUUCGUAAUACACCACUCCAACACAGCAUUCCAGCUCCCUAGCACAGGAGGUGAAUCCUCUUUCAAAACCUUACAACUCAGAAACUGAUAAUAAGAGCAUCCCAUGAAUAAGUGAUCUCGAUCUUCCAUUCCUCCAGGACACAACAGACAAUGCUCAGUAAGUGGCUUACCCCACGCAAUCAGUUUAUUCUGCAGUUUCAACCUGUCAUUAAUCACCAACCAUAAAAUGAAUCCAUGUCUAGGGAUGAUAUGUUUAUCCCAUACAAUCUUAAACCAUCUGAUCUCAGCCUCCUUCUGCCUCAACGAUUCCCACACCCUCGAAACAGAGUAAGAUGGCAUAGCCUGUCCACACCACUGCAACUCAGAGCCAAUCUCAGAGAUGAAUGGCCUCAUCUCAUUCCUACAUUUUAGUAAUCGCUUCCAGACCCAGGCCCCUGCUGUUGUGGUUUUCAGAUCCCAGAUAGAAGUUUGCUUCACCCUAUAGCGUGUAACCCAUGCAACCCAUAGAGAACCUUCUGCUGCUAGAAUCGCCCAAAAAUGCCUGCAAACACAGGCUUUGUUCCAGAUUGAGAAGUCCUUUAUACCCAAACCCCCUUCCUUUUUUGGUCUAGCAAUGAACUGCCAGGCCACCA